AAGUUACAUUAAGCAACUUCCGUCGAAAUCCUCUUCUUCCGUCGCCGCCAUUGCCAAGAUGUACUCGGCGAGCGCUAAAAUAAUUAAGCCUCAAGGCGAGAAGCCAGAUGACUUCGAGCAGUCUGUAUCGCAGGCCCUGCUUGAGCUUGAGAUGAACAGUGACCUGAAGGCUCAGCUUCGUGAACUGUACAUUUCAGGUGCUAAGGAAAUUGAUGUUGCUGGCAAGAAAGCUAUCAUCAUCUUCGUACCAGUUCCACAGCUGAGACAAUACCAGAAAAUCCAGACUCGUUUGGUCAGGGAACUGGAAAAGAAAUUCAGUGGAAAGCAUGUUGUAUUUAUUGCACAGGUAUGAUCACAUUGUUUGAAUUU